UAACGCCGACAACAGCAAUCCCAGCUCGCACUCCCUCCCACCACGUCCGCGGCAUAUCCUCGCUGUCCGCUAAUUGUCUUGGUCUGAUGAACACAUCUACGCGUGCCCUCACGCCCCUUUGGAGGGCGUCUUUGUCGCCUCUUUCGCGACAGGCAGCUGUCACACCGCCAACGAUCUUCGCGCGUACCCUUCAACGCAGCUUCGUCUCUACUACGCGGCCCGUUUCCAGAUCGAAACCUACCCUCCCGUCCUUCCAGCAGACCGCUAGCUCACUCCUCCGGGGGCAGCGGACAUGUCUUCCGCGCCGCUCCGUUCGCUUUCAGAGCCAGAAGAAGCCUUCACAGUCCCCGGACCCAACGCCCCAUUUGGGAAGUCCUGAACCGGUAUUGUCGCUCAGCCAGCGGCUGAAGAAGCUGGGCAAACAAUAUGGGUGGCUCGCGCUGGGAGUCUACAGUUUUCUCACUGUUCUCGACUUUCCUUUCUGCUUCAUGACCGUGCGGUUACUGGGGCCUGAGAGGAUAGGCCACUACGAGCACGUUAUCGUUGAAGGGGCCAAGAAAAUACUGCGAAUACCGUUUCCUAAUCUAUGGAAAGAAUCCGAAUCGAGUUCCCAAGAGGAUGUUUUGGAAGCCGCUGCAAGAGAAGGAUCUCCGGAAGGCUCUGCGACGACGACAGGCCGGGCCGAAGCAUCCCUAUGGACUCAACUUGUCCUAGCCUAUGCCGUACACAAGAGUCUCAUCUUCAUCAGGAUCCCACUCACGGCCGCCCUACUACCCAAGGUCGCUAAGCAACUGCGAGCCUGGGGAUACAAUGUUGGCAAAGCCAAGCCUACAUGACCACCCAUUGCACAUUCUCGCGCCAAUCUGCUUCUUUCGUGACGCUCUAUAGAGCAAUCCUCACUCCGCCUCCGCCUUGCUUUGGUGGUGUAUACGUAAUUGUACCAUAAGUGUAAACAUCUCUCUUAUUCUGGCUGUGAGUCAAGCUCCGGCAAUAUCAUUUUUUCUUCUUCCUCUCUUCUCUCCCUCAAGGCCACGUGUGAACCUUCCAUAUCGAGACCAUCGCCAUCUGACGUCGCCGUAUUCCUGUGCCUUUGGGGGAAGCGACUUGAAACUUGCAACCUACUUGUUUCUGGCACAUCUGAAACCACCCUUUCCCUCCACAUCCCUAUCUCACUAUCCAUGCCACGCAUCGGCUCGAUAAAGUUUCUCGCUUAUCGUCAGCAUGGUUUUAGCCUGCUUGAAGCUCGAAUGAAUCCUUACUCACCGCCACUCAUCUUCCGUAAUAUCAAGUCAAAAUCGCCACUACUGUAUGAACGCGCGAGUCGACAGGUCGCGGCUUUUGUUUUUUUGAGCCAGCAUCCCCUGAGAUAGAUGGAUCGAGGACGCAUGACUGUCCCGCAAGUUACAGCGCUGUCGAACGUUACAGCAUUGUCGUUCUUCAAGCAUACAUCCUGGCUCUCGAACAUUCUUUCGAAUCUUCUCCGCAUAUGUGGUGCUUCUAGUCUCGCGUCGGCUUCGGUCCUGUGCCGUCGUCCGCUUGAGUCUAAUGACUCACGGCGGCGGCGUUCAGGACACGUACAUCAGUCAGUCAUUUGACGUGGUCAAUGUAUAAUGUUUUCUUUGGCAUUGUAGGUUUUCCAGUGGACGUGCUGACGGUCCGAGGGUCUCGAUAGUGUUUGAAAUGGCGAUCCGAGUUCAAGCAUGUAUUAUCCGCUUGUGGAGGCAAUCUGAUUUCCUCGAGGUUAUGCUUUGGUCCCGCCACUGCCGAUAUUUGUAUCCUUUGUAAAUGAUAGUCGAGUCCACAGACUCUG